AUGAAGGUAUAUCAAACCACAACGCUCCUACCAAAUUACACAUCCAACUAUAUCCAGCAUCUAACUCCACCACCAAACCAAGACUCCAUAAAAGCCGCCGCCAAAACCGCCGCAGCCGGCAUGCUGAAAUACUACACGGGCAACCAACCAGGCGACGUACCAGGCAACAUCCCAGACCCCUACUACUGGUGGGAAGCAGGCGCAAUGUUCGGCGCAAUGGUGGAAUACUGGUACUACACCGGCGACGCAAAAUGGAACGAAAUAACAACCCAAGCCCUUCUCUGGCAAGUAGGCGACGAAAACAAUUUCAUGCCCCAAAACCAAACCCUCUCCCUUGGAAACGACGAUCAAAUAUUCUGGGGCUUCGCCGCCAUGUCCGCCGCCGAACUGAAAUAUCCCGAUCCACCCGCUGAUCAACCGCAGUGGCUGGAACUCGCAGAGAAUACCUUCAAUUCGCAGGCUACGCGUUGGGACACGGCUACCUGUGGGGGUGGAUUGCAUUGGCAGGCUUUUGAGUAUAAUGGUGGGUAUUCGUAUAAGAAUACGAUUUCGAAUGGUGGGUUCUUUAAUGUUGCUGCGCGGUUGGCGCGGUAUACCGGGAAUGAGACGCUCGUUGAAUGGGCGGACAAAGUUUGGGAUUGGAGUGAGGCUUUGGGGUUGAUUAGUGAGGAUUAUCUUAUUCAUGAUGGUGCGGAUAGUGCUGGGAAUUGUUCUGAGAUUAAUUCCCUGCAACACGCGUAUCUGCCUGCGGUUUAUCUGCAUGGGGCUGCGAACAUGUAUAAUAUUGUGAGUUGGUCCCCGUGGUACUUACAGGAGAUUUUCCUGCUUACUGGAUACUCCCAGACCAACGGCUCGGAAAUCUGGAAAACGCGCAUAGAAGGCAUAGUCAAAGGACUGUCAACCUUUUUCCCAAAUGGCAAGGGCAUAAUGGUCGAACCAUGCGAAAGAGGCCAAUGUGAUCUAAACUCGAGGUCUUUCAAGUCCUAUCUGGCGCGUUUCAUGGCUGCAACUAUCCCACUGGCCCCAUUCACCAAUGAAACAUUGUGGUACAAGAUCCAAGAAUCUUCCAAGGCUGCGGCGGAGCAAUGCAAUGGACCUGAUAACGCUUGUGGGCUGAGAUGGACUGAACAUACCAAGUAUGAUGGUUCUACUGGGAUCGGUGAGCAGAUGGCUGCACUGGAGAUCUUCAAGGCGAAUUUGGUGCAUACUGUCAAGGCGCCUGUGACAGGUAAGACUGGCGGGACUAGUAAAGGCAACUCUGGCGGAGAGAAGGGAUCUGGGUCUGGAUCUGGAGGGAGGGAGGAUAUUCGGACGAGGGAGAUUACGACUGCUGAUAAAGCUGGUGCUGGUAUUGUUGCUGCGUUGGCUGUUUUGCUGCCUCUUGGGGGUGCUGCUUUUAUAAUCAUAUGGUCAUAG